AAACACACCCACAGACACUAUGGUUCCUUAGGAACGGUAGAAUAUAAAAUGAGGCUGAUCACACUGUCAAAGCAUCAAACAGGAACGACAACAUGCACAGCAUCAGCUUGCUGAUCAUCGCGGUGCUGCUGCUCCUCUCAUCAGCCGUCCCCUGCUGUUCCUCGGACCCCACCUAUGAGCGCCAUGACCCGGUAACCGGUGAAACCCACCUCUGUGCCAUGUGCCCUCCCGGCGAGCAUAUGUCAGCACACUGCACUGCUACCUCGCCCACAGAGUGUAAACCGUGUAGAAGCAACCACUACACCGAGCUGUGGAACUACCUGCCCAGGUGUUUGUACUGCAACACCUACUGCAUGCACAACAUGGAGGUGGAGAUAGAGUGCUCUGUAGUCAGUGACCGGGUCUGUCGGUGCAAAAAGGGCUACUAUAUGACCCAUGACACCUGCGUCAGGCACUCAGAGUGCGCACCCGGAUACGGAGUUCACACCAAAGGUACUUCACGUAAGGACACCAUUUGUCGAAGAUGCCCUGAGGGAACCUUCUCAAACUCGUCUUCUGCUCUGGAGGAGUGCAUGGACCACCAGACGUGCACAGGCGAACAGACUGUUCUCAUGUCUGGGUUGAGGUUCCAUGACACAGUGUGUGGCACGUGUGAGGAUCUUGCAAACAGAGAUGAGACACUCAGGAGGUUCCUCAUAGGCUUGCUCAACACACCCAAAAUGCCUGUGAAAAAAAUUAGGAAAUUUAUCUCAAGGUACAUUUCUAGGUCAGCAGAGGGCAAGAGACUCAGGCGCAGAGGUCCCCGCAGGGAUCACAUCAGAGUCUGGCUGGAAAAUGCAAAUCAAGAGCAGCUGAUACAGAUGCCGAGGAUGCUCAGGGAGUCACAGUUUAACUCUGUGGUAGAAAAACUAGAGGAGAGACUCAGAGAGAUCAGGCAGCAAAGUCAAAACUGUCAUUUACCUCAGUAUUUUUUUUCAAUUGACAGAGUCCGGGGUACAAAUACAACAGAUGACCACCUCUUAUAGCUGACAUAUCUCCUCUGAAAACAGAUAUUUUAUGAUAGAAUCUUAGAAUUAAGUUUUAAUGUAAAAACUGAUCAAAGGAGUGUUGACUCAAUGUAUGGGUUGAUGUGGAUAAUAUAAAAAGGUUGUGAUGAAUAAAAUAAAUGCUCAAACUUUCAUGAA